UUUUUGACAGAUUUCUCUGACAGUCGACAACACGACAGAUCUUCUAUCUUAUCUGCAGCCUGAGCCGGUAAGAUGAGGCGAGCUUUACUCAUCAUUGCUGUCUUUCUGGUGAUCAAUCCCACCUGCACUGAGGCAAUCGGAGACAUGAACGUUUGUUUCAUUCUGGAUGGGAUUCUCAUCAUUUACGGCAUCAUUCUCACCGUCUUAUACUGCAGACUGAGGAUGAGUCCAGACUGCCAAAAGGCUUCAAACCCGCCUGAGAAGCAGCCCACUGAGGGAGGCAUCUAUGCGGUGAGACAUGUCAUUCUAAUGUUUAAAAAGACAUUUAAAAAGGCUCAUGAAGGAAAAGUGACAGCUUUAAGCCACAGCGGAUGGGUCUGACCUCUCGCAGCACUGAUACCUAUGAGACCAUCAAAGUGGAGAAAAAGCCGAUCGUCUGAUGGAGUUUGGUGCAGAGAGGAGGCUGAGAAGCUCUCAAAGCUUUAUACUGUAUAUUAAGAGUACCUAUACAUAACUUUUAUUCUUUUUCUCUGUUUUUGUAGAGAUGCCAAAGCUAAAUUAAUUUAACAGUUUACGAACAACAGGCUUCGUCAGUGUGUUUCACAGCUGCUUUUACACAAUUUUCAAGAAAGCAGAAGUUUAAAUUUAUCUUUUGUUUCUGUUCAUGUGUUCCCUUUUUGGGGGAUUCAAGAAGUACUUUUACUUCACUUUAUGUAAAAAACCCCAUACAAAAUAUCUCAAUAUUUCUUUAUUAACAAUUCAUCUGCUAUUUCUUUUUGAUAUAUUGUGUAUAAAAAGCAAAAGCCCCAAGGGUUCAUUUAAAAUGUCUUUUUUUGUUUAUUUCUUCAUCCACUUUGCUAUAAUAUAAACUAUAUAUAAAUUAUAUAAACUAAGAAGCUGGAACCAGGUCAUUUUUGUUUUCUACUAUUCAUUUUUGGUCGAUCAGCUAAUUGAUUAAUUGACCUAACUUUACUUACACUAUACAAAAUAUAAAUGCAAGGCUUUUGAUUUUGCUCCCAUUUUUUAUGAGUCGAAAUAAAAUAGUGUCAAAGACACUCAGAAGAUUGUUUUCAUAAACAGAUAGCUUUCCUUAAGCAUAUUUAACAUUAAUAUAGAUUGGGCCACAUGCAGUAACCACUUGAAUUGUUCUUAAGCAGCAUGUACGAGUGAUUUAGGAUAAUAAAUGAUACUGUGCUAUAGAUUAAACUACCCAAAAGUGUAUGAAGUAGUUAAAAUGUGUUCCACCUCACCAGCUGUAAUAUUAAAAUGCUGCUUAUCUGUUAACUCUUGAACCCUAACAAGCCGUUUCGGGGUGUUUUUUGCUCUUUUUACAUUUUACUCACUGUAGCAUUGUAUUUCACUGUAAUAUAUAAAAUAUGUAAAUUCUGCACAAUAAUGCCUUUUAUGCAUAACAAAACAGUUAUUUGAAGCUUCCUUUUGGUCACUUUUUCUAAUGUUAACUUCUGUGACCUAUGAUCCAUUCAAGGACUGUCGGAAAGGUCAAACUCCGACAAUAAUGCCUGUUUUCACUUUUUCUUUCUACGAUGAAGUGUGUAUUUUUCGCGAUAUCUUAAAGAAAA